AUGUCCGCUGUUAUAGAAAACCUCAAACCACUGCAUCUAAAGCCGGUGCGCAAUCUGGAUCCAAAUGCGCUACCCCUUGAGGAUUCGAAAUUGCAUCUUCUACUAUGCGCUACCGGCUCAGUGGCCACUAUCAAGAUCCCGAAUAUGGUGCAGGCAUUGUCGAGGCACGCAAAUAUCUCGAUUCGCCUCGUCUUUACCAAAGCCGCCAAAAACUUCCUCCGGGGGCAAAGCGCGGAACAGCCAACAUUAGAGGAAAUAGAAGCUCUACCGAGUGUAGACGGCAUAUAUGUCGAUGAGCAUGAAUGGAGUGAGCCAUGGGUGCGCGGCAACAAGAUUCUCCACAUCGAACUACGGCGCUGGGCCGACAUCAUGGUCAUUGCGCCACUCAGUGCAGGUACACUCGCGAAGAUCACACAGGGCUGGUCAGAUAACUUGUUACUCUCUGUUAUACGCGCUUGGGACACGACUGGCGAGGUGGACCCCGUGCGCAACCUUCAAGGCGACAACGGCGAUCCGGAGGGAGCACGGCAGAAGAAGAAGAUUCUGGUUGCGCCAUCGAUGAACACCGCCAUGUGGAAGCAGCCUAUCACGAAGAAGCAGGUGGACAUAUUGGACGAAGAGUGGGGUGCAAAGAAUGGCGGAUGGUUUGAGGUGCUCCUACCCAUGGAGAAGCAACUUGCAUGUGGAGAUGUAGGAGCGGGCGCUAUGAAAGACUGGAGAGAGAUCGUGGAGGUCAUCGAAGACAGACUGGGAUUGAACAUUGGUCACGAAGCUGACGCGCGCUCGGUUUGA